CAAUCAUUUUUGCCCAGAAAUCGUUACAGAACAGAACAAAAUGCUAAGAAAGUUAUAUAUCCGCUCCAUAACCGGAGCGCAGAUGAUGAGGCGGGAACUGUUUGUCGCGGCCUCCGGUGGUCAUUGCGGCAAGGAAGAUGGCAAGGGCAAGAACAAGGACAUGGAUAAGUUUCGCACGGAGAAGGAUACAUUUGGGGAGCUGAAGGUGCCGGCGGAUAAGCUAUACGGAGCUCAGACGAUGCGUUCCAAGUUGAACUUUCCGAUUGGUGAUAUUGCCGAACGGAUGCCGAUGCCAGUUAUCCAAGCCAUGGGUAUCCUCAAGAAGGCCUGUGCCGAGGUGAACAAGGAAUUUGGCCUCGAUGCCAAGAUCGCAGAGGCAGUCUCCUGCGCCUGCGAUGAUGUCAUUUCCGGCAAGUACUACAGACAGGGCCACUUUCCACUGGUUAUUUGGCAGACGGGUUCCGGUACCCAAACCAAUAUGAACACCAAUGAGGUGAUUAGUAAUGCGGCCAUAAAGAUGUUGGGCGGAGAACUGGGCUCCAAGAAACCAGUCCAUCCGAAUGAUCAUGUGAACAAGUCACAGAGCUCCAAUGACACCUUCCCGGCGGCCAUCCACAUUAGCGUGGGCAUGGAGCUGAACGAGCGCCUUCUGCCGGCGGUGGCCCAUUUGCGGGACGCCCUCAAGGCAAAGUCCGAUGAGUUCAAGGACAUUAUCAAGAUCGGACGCACCCAUCUGAUGGACGCGGUGCCUCUGACCUUGGGCCAGGAGUUCAGCGGAUACGUCCAGCAACUGACCUACGCCCAGGACAGGAUCAAGGCCUGUCUGCCGCGGGUCUACGAUCUAGCCCUGGGUGGCACUGCCGUCGGCACAGGCCUCAAUACCCACAAGGGAUUCGCCGAGAAGGUGGCCAAGAGGAUCGCCGAACUGACCUGCCUGCCCUUCGUCUCCGCCCCCAACAAGUUCGAGGCGUUGGGCGCCCGUGACGCCAUGGUGGAGGUCCAUGGUGUUUUAAAUACAAUUGCUGUCAGCCUGAUGAAGAUCGCCAACGAUAUCCGUUUCCUUGGUUCCGGGCCGCGUUGUGGUCUGGGUGAGCUGCAGUUGCCGGAGAACGAGCCCGGCAGCUCCAUUAUGCCCGGCAAGGUGAAUCCCACGCAGUGCGAGUCCAUGACCAUGCUGUGCGCCCAGGUGAUGGGCAACCAGGUGGCCGUGACUGUUGGCGGAGCCACGGGACACUUUGAACUGAACGUUUUCAAGCCCCUCAUUGUCUCCAAUGUCCUGCGAUCCAUAAGAUUGCUUUCCGAUGGCUCCAUGACAUUUAGCAAGAAUUGCGUGGAGGGCAUUCAGGCCAACAAGGAGAACAUUGCCAAGAUCAUGAACGAGUCCUUGAUGCUGGUCACAGCUCUGAAUCCCCAUAUCGGCUACGAUAAGGCCGCCGCCAUAGCCAAGACGGCGCACCAGAACAAGACCACCCUCAAGGAGGAGGCCCUGAAGACGGGCAUCACCGAGGAGCAGUUCAAGGAGUGGGUCGAUCCCAAGAAGAUGUUGGGCCCCAAAUAGGCGUUGGGUUCCAGUCUUCAAAUCCGAUAGACCAAAAACCGUUAGAAAACAAAUUCCCUAUGUAAUCGAUUGAUUUUCGAAAUCGGACGGAAUCGCUAACAAACGGUAGCAUUGGCUAAAAACUGAAUAAAUAUAUUUUAAUUGAUUAGAUAA